UGUCGACCCGCUGAAAGGGUUCCAGCGGUCUGAGGAGAGCCAGUCAGGUGUUGAGACAGGUGCCUGGGCGAGAAGGCAGCUGGAGAGAAAUCGAGAGGACGGCGGCAGAGACGGUCAAUCGGGCGAUUAGAAAGUGGGAGAGGACACCGAAGUAGGAGAUUAGCAGGGGUGACAGCUGAAGGGGUUACGUGCCUGGUGACAUUAUUUCUGGGAGCUCUCCAUCCAGAGCAAGAACCAUGUCAUGGAUCAAGGAAGGAGAAGUGUCGCUUUGGGAGCGGUUCUGUGCCAACAUCCUAAAGGCAGGCCCAAUGCCCAAACACAUUGCAUUUAUAAUGGAUGGAAACCGUCGCUAUGCCAAGAAGUGCCAGGUGGAGCGGCAGGAGGGCCAUUCACAAGGCUUCAAUAAGCUAGCUGAGACUCUGCGCUGGUGUUUGAACCUGGGCAUCCUAGAAGUGACAGUCUACGCAUUCAGCAUUGAGAACUUCAAACGUUCCAAGAGUGAAGUUGAUGGGCUAAUGGAUCUGGCCCGGCAGAAGUUCAGCCGCUUAAUGGAAGAACAGGAGAAACUGCAGAAGCAUGGAGUGUGUAUCCGGGUCCUGGGCGAUCUGCAUUUGUUGCCUAUAGAUCUGCAGCAGCUGAUUGCACAAGCUGUGCAAACCACCAAAAACUACAGCAAGUGUUUCCUGAAUGUCUGUUUUGCAUAUACCUCCCGCCACGAGAUCAGCAACGCUGUGAGAGAGAUGGCCUGGGGAGUGGAGCAAGGCCUCCUGGAUCCCAGCGAUGUCUCUGAGUCCCUGCUUGAGAAGUGCCUCUACACCUGCCGCUCUCCUCACCCAGACAUCUUGAUACGGACUUCCGGGGAAGUCCGGCUGAGUGACUUCUUGCUCUGGCAGACCUCACACUCCUGUCUGGUAUUCCAGCCAAUUUUAUGGCCAGAAUAUACAUUUUGGAACUUCUGUGAAGCCAUCCUACAGUUCCAGAUGAACCACAGUGUGCUUCAGAAGGCCCGAGACAUGUAUGCAGAGGAGCGGCAGAGGCAACAACUGGAGAGGGACCAGGCUGCAGUGACCCAGCAGCUGCUGCGAGAGGGGAUCCUGGCCAGUGCGGACGCCCAGCUCCGACGGACAUGCUUGCACAAACUCUCAGCCAGACGGGAAGAGCGGCUCCAAGGUUUCCUGCAGGCCUUGGAACUCAAGCGGGCGGACUGGCUGGCACGUCUGGGCACCGCAUCAGCCUGAGUGGGGCUGGCCACCUGCCACUUUGCCCUGCCCUUGGCCUCCAGGCCCCGCUCCCUUUCUCUCUUUGGUGAAGGCACUACCCUCCUGAGGAUGAACUGUCCCCCUUUGCGUGGCAGAGGCAGCCCUGAGGCCAGGCGUGCAGGCCACGGGCACCUUUGGGCUGUCCAAGACAGUGACCCCAGAGAGGGUUGAGAGUGAGAGAGACCCCUGCACACACACAAGUCCACUAAACCCAGCUCUGGUCACCAGUAGGGCUUGCCAGCAGGCCUUCAGCUACUCAGCUGCGCUUCUGCCUCUGCUGCCACCAGUUUAUGCUUCUAGAAACACUUUCUUUUUUACACCAGCCCAUCCGACAGCACCGAAUUGGUGGGGGGAAGGGCUCCCCACACUGUAGCCCUUUGCCUAUCCGUCUUCGCUUUCCACCCGACUCACAAAAGCGUUGGCUCCCCACCUUGGAUCUGUUGGUAAAUGGCUAGUAGGCAACAGUGUUAUUUGGGUGAGGAAGAAAGGGGCGGGAGAGACAGAAAAUCUGUUCCUCUCCCUGGGCUCUCCACCUGGGAUUCGCUAUUGAAUCCCUCCCCUCCCACCACCCAGCACUGAUUGCUUACUGAAAGGCUCAGCGCCCCCAAUGGCGUGGAAGCCAGGCGGGUGAUUACAAUCCAAUUACCUAUUGUCGACUCAGCCCACACAAGCUUUUCUUCUCCGAGGGCAUGGGGCCAGGCUCACUCCCCACUGGCUGGCCCCCGCCUUAGCUGCAGGAUGUGGGCCUUGGUGAGUCUGCACUAGCCCCCAGCUUCCCACCCAGUAACACAUCAGGAUCUGGGGCUGCUCCCACUCAGGCUCUCAAACUCUGGCUCCCACUUCCUCGCUCUCUCACCUCAAGGCUCCCUUGAUUUGACUUUUCCACCUGGCCACUUCAGCAGGCCCUGGAUGACUUGCUCUCAGCAGCUUAUUCCAGGCCCUCCUGUGCUUGUGAGGACCAACGCUGCCCAGCAGGAAGGAGAAGGCAUAGUGUGCUCCAUCCUUUCUUGUACCUCUCUUUGCCAGGCCUUGUUGCAGAGUGCUGAGAGGAUUAGUGCCUUUGAAAAGCUGUCUUUCUAAGCAACAGGCCCCAGCCAGUAAUCCCAGUGUAGUGCGAUUCCAUUUAGACUUACCAUUCUACGUUAUACAAGCUGUUUCCCCAGCACCUCCCUCUAGGGUACAAGGCCUUGCAAGCAAUGUUAAGGGCAUACUCUUCUGACCUCUAACCUGGCUGUACUUCAGCCCCUCGUUUUUCUGUGCCUAGAGACCUGGCAUAAGAAGUCCUUUGGCCAUCAUCUCUCUUCUCAGAAUCAAGCAUCAAUGCCAGGCGUGACAAUUGAGAAGCCAAUCAAUGCACCCCUUGGCAAGCGUCCUCCCCCCUGCCCACCCGACGACCCUCCCUACCCCCUUACACCUGGCACUCCCACUACCAAUUCCUGGCAUGAGGUUCCCGGAGAGCAGGUGCUGUACAUUUUCUAGUUUUACAAUGGGGCUGUUGACAGCCUUAAUUAGGGAGGCAUGAAUUAUGCUGCUAUAUAAUGUGGAGCCCUACAAUUAAGGCGGGAAUGAGGGGCUGGAGGCAGCAAACGGAAUCUGCCCGGCAAGCCUGCUGUUGAGUCCUGUCUCCUUUCUGUCCCUGGCUUUCCCUGAUGGGUACACCAGGAUGAUUAAUAGAGCUGGUAUCUCUCUCUGGUCUCAAGUCCCAAAUUCUGGGAAAGGUGCACAGGGUGGGGAAGGGAGGAGCUGUCCUUCCCAGGAGUAUGUGCUGAGAAAUACUUGAUUCAAACUCAACCAAUGUGAUUUGUUCAGACCAGCUUCAACCCAUGUCUCAAGAAACCAGGUGGGAUCUAUUUAAACACCCUCCCACCUGAGUCAAGCCCCUGUUUUCGAGUAUCAUGUCCCUGGGUUCUCCCAGGACUUGAGAAUUUCGGGGUUUUUCCCCCCAUAGCUGUAAAAGUUGUUGGCAAUGCAA